CUCCCGGUUCCGCAGUCACUUCCUGCAGCUGUUUCUCCGUGGGUCUGCUCGGACUGACUUUUGACAGUGCGCCUUCAGGCUGUGGAGGGGCUUGGCGGGGAAAGUUGCUCCGGGGAGAGGCGGCGGUGGCGGAGCAGCCCGGGGCGUGGGCGGGCGUCCCGGGCGGGCACGGCGCCGCGGCUGCCGACGGGGCUUGGGGGUUCCGAUUGAAGACCUGGCUUCUGUUUGCCACGUGGAUUAUGCCCCAGGUUUUCCUCCCCAAUGAUUCUCUUGCAACACGCAGGGCUUCCUCCGCCUAAGAGGCCCUCAUCCUCCCCUCCUAUGUCAGUGGCCUCCAGGUCUCCAGGAACUUUGCAGCUUCCACCACAGAAGCCUUUUGGGCAGGAGGCUUCCGUGCCACUGUCAGGAGAAGAAGAGCUGCCCGGAGGUGGAGACCAAGACACUGCCCUGGAGGAGCUCUGUAAGCCCCUGUACUGCAAACUCUGCAAUGUCACCUUGAACUCGGCCCAACAAGCCCAGGCGCAUUAUCAGGGUAAAAAUCAUGGUAAGAAACUCCGAAAUUACUAUGCUGCAAAUAGCUGUCCUCCCCCUGCCCGGAUGAGCAGUGUGGUGGAGCCUGCAGCCGCUCCAGUCGCUCCAGGCCCUCCGCAGGUGGGCUCCUUUAAGCCAGGAGGCCGGGUGAUCCUGGCCACUGAGAAUGACUACUGUAAGCUCUGUGAUGCCUCCUUCAGUUCCCCGGCUGUGGCGCAGGCCCACUACCAGGGGAAGAAUCACGCCAAGAGGCUGCGACUUGCAGAAGCUCAGAGUAACUCAUUCUCGGAAUCCCCAGAAGUGGGUCAACGGCGGAACCGGAAGGAAGGGAAUGACUUUAAGAUGAUGCCUAAUAGGAGAAAUAUGUACACAGUACAGAACAGUUCAGCAGGUCCUUACUUCAAUCCCCGUUCUCGGCAAAGGAUUCCCCGCGAUCUCGCCAUGUGUGUUACUCCAAGUGGCCAGUUUUACUGCUCGAUGUGCAAUGUUGGGGCUGGCGAGGAGAUGGAAUUCCGGCAGCAUUUGGAGAGCAAGCAGCAUAAAAGCAAGGUGUCGGAACAGCGGUACCGGAGUGAGAUGGAGAAUCUGGGAUAUGUAUAGUGAUGGUCAUACUCCAAUAGAGCAGCUUGUCCUGC